CUUACAAUUUUAGCUAAUAGAAGAAAAAAAUGCAAUAAUUAAAAUACAUUUUCUAUGCUUUAAGUGUUUUUUUAAUUUACAAUUUAGUCUGUACGCAGACUUUUGUGACUAACUGUAUGUUUAAUUCUAAAUGAUAGACGAUUUCUUGCCUAAUUAUGUAUUUAUUAUCUUGGUACGUGGUCCGCUUGUUUAACCUUAAUUGAGUAAUUUUGAGAAGGUGAUUGACGUAAUCCAGAAAACAGGAUGUUAUCGAAAUAGAUAAGAUGAUUAAAGAAGGAUGAAAUCAUAUGAUAAUGAGUAUUCUAGAAUGUUUCAUAUGUAUUAGUGAAUGGAAAGCAUUUGAUUGGUAAAACAAUGUUUUUUUAAAUCCAUAUUACCUGACUGGUGAUUUAAGUGAUUUCUAGAUUCGUAGUAUAGCAUAUAUAAAUUCAUAUCUUUCAAAAUCAUUGUUACAGUACCUUGUAAACUAGUUUCACGAUUGUGCGUUGUUUGUUUGCUUCCAUUUUUAUGUGUAAAAUAGAUAAUACUUCAGUAUCUUCAAUCUCCGAUGAUACUAUUGCUGAUAUAUUUAUACCUAAAAAGGUAUGUUCGACUUGCGGCAGAGCGUUUACAGUGAAACGGAGCUUGAUUCGACAUCUAAAGAUCCAUUCGGAGAGAAACCCUUUCAAUGUGGAAUGUGAAAUGUCUUUCGUACUAUAAAGUGAUUUAAAUAGGGAAUAUAUACUGAAAAAAAUACCUUUCCAAUGCAGUAUGUAUUGCAAUUCGCUCGCAUUGAUAACUUAAGAGUUCAUGAAACGAUUCAUCUUCGAAAUUUUACUUGUGCGAUAUGUUUACAAGUUUUCCCGAAAACAAGUGAUUUGAAAAGACAUCCGAAAUCUCAUGAAAGGAACUACAAUUGUAAUAAAUGUGCUAAAAAAUUUAGUGAAUUUGAUCAUUUGGAAUGUCAUGAAGCUUCCCAUCUUAAAAGAUGUACUGAAUGCUCGGAAGUUUUUACGAGUCAGAUGGAUUUAAGAAGACACGUGAAAAUUCAUAAAGAUACUUUUAAGUGUAAAUCCUGCUCAAAGGUAUUUGAUGAACUUGAUAAUUUAAAACAGCAUGAAGUUUCCCCUCUUAAAAAUUGUAUUUAAUGUUCGGAAGUUUUUACAAACCAAAGGGAUUUAAGAAGACAUAUGAAGUUGUUUUUAAAUGCAGUAGUUGCUCAGAGUUUCACUAGUGAUGAUGCUUUGGAAUAGCAUGAAGCUUCUCAUGUUAGAAAUUGCACCCAAUGUUCCCAAGCUUUUAAAAGAAAACGUGAUCUUUUACAUCAUAUUCGAAUGAAGCGUAGUCUAACCCGAACCAUAGAAAAACGAAGAAAUGCUGACCAUGUCAGUGUAUGUACGGGUGGUAAAAUCACAAGUCUCAAGGAUAUGUUCGCUACUGAGUCAAUUUUUCUCUAAUACACAGAAUGAUCAAGACCUAGAUGUGUUUCUUGAAUACAUAAAAUCACAACUUGUAGAAAAAUUGAGUGAUAAUGUAGCAACGUAUCGGUUUCUGAAAUCGUAUGCAGUUGUUGUGGUUAAAAUGAGUCGUGAAUGUGAAAAUGGGGAAACUGAAUACAUUUACCCACAUUUCCGUAGCAACUGUUUGCAGUUACUUAAAGCGUAUGAUGUAGAGAGAGAAACUACCAAAGCUUUUGGAAAAACAAAAAAGAGCUAUGAUGAGUUUAAUGAAAAUGGCUCAGGAUUUACCAGACGUCCUGAUUUGAAAAGGAUUGUCCAAGUCUCAAGGCAAGCAUUAUCAUCCAUAAAUAUUGCAUUGGUACCCAAUACAGCAAUAAAAGGACAUACAAGAGGAUGUAGAAUUUUGUUACAAUAUCAGAUGGCUGGGACAGAAACACCAGGAAUGACACAGAGGUCCGUCUGGCCCUUCGUUGCUAUCCCAGCCUGUAGAAGUUAGCCUCCUCUUCUAUAAUGGUACCUUUCAAUGAUGUUCGGCAUCCAAUAGCAUGUCCUUGUCACUGCCCAUCAGGUAUCAUUCUGGGUGUUAAAUCAAGACUAAUCCAUAAAGAGUAUGUGGCCCCACUGUUCUGGUGCUCAACUGCGAUUUUCACGGGCCCAAUUUAACUGCAUCCGUCAGGCAUACAGUCUACCUUCAUGGAGUUAAUGCAACAGAGUUUCAGGAUAUGGGCCAUACUGCAGCAGCAAAAAGAUGGGACACCAACUGUUAUGUGUUAGUGAUCUUGCACAUAGCAACAGAAAGCAAUCGUCUGCCAAUGUGGUAAUCCUCCAAUGUCCAGAUGCACUUCUUCUAGAGGGGUUUUUGAUCCUAUUGAUAAUGAUUCCAUAGCCUAUUGAUGAUACUACAAUACACAUUCAGCACUCUUGCAACAGCGGACUGUCAUGCACCAGCUUGCAAAAUCCCGACAGCCUUCCAACGCAUUUCAUCAUGCAAGUGGUAUCUAUGGCUCACACUUUCCACUUUGGUUAUCUUGGAUUACACGGAAAUAUCACUGCUUACAAACUGAUGCAGAGUUCCAUUACACUCUUUUUUAAGGCAUUGUGAUGUGACCAUGGGAUUAUAUUUUAUACUAAUUUUGGUUGCCCAUUUGUAUUUUGUAAUUCAACCUUUACCUAAUGUGUAAAUUGUAUGUUUUAAUCCCUUUUUCACAUUUGUACUUUUUCUUGUAGCAUUUGUUGCUUAU